CCCUUAUGCUUUCCUCUCCACUCAAGUUAUAUCCAAAUACAGUGUAUAAUUCAUUGCAAAUUACGCAAUUGGCUAUAAUCCUUGAAAGUUAGCAAAAUUUGGCUAUUUAUGUAAUAUUUGUUGUUUCUACUUAUUUUGGACUAAUUCACAGAGCACUUCAAUAAUUAUUGUUAGAACCAUUUGAUCAAAGACAAUAUGGGACAUCUUUCUCUGUCUCUGUCUUCUUUGAGACAGCUUUACGAGACUUGUAUAGAUAGUCCGUAUUCUUUACUUUGAUAAACUGGUAAUCGGGAUUUCUUGUUUGUUAAAUGAUGGACAAAGUUAUCUUUUGUAAAUAAGCAAUUGAAGCAUGGGUUUGUUUUAAAUUUUUAACUUCCCAUUGUUACUUAAAAACUUUGUAUACUACUAUAUAUAUGGAUGAGCUUGUGGGGAGAAAACGGAUUAUGGCAUGGCUCGAGGAACAUCCUAAUAAUAUGAUAAUGGCUAAUUCAGAAGGCUUUCUAUUCGCGGAAUAUUGGGAAAUUUGGUUCUUGUUUGCCACUCACUUAUGCUGAGAAGACAUCACUGGACUUUGUAAUUUUUGUUUCUGUUGAAAAUAAGGGUAGCAUGAGUGAGGGCCACACUUCACAAAGCAGUAGGCCUAGGAAGCCUGAGCACUACCAUAAGGAUGUCAUGCCAGGGAGUGAGCUGUGGACUGAUGGACUUAUUUGUGCUUUCGAGUUUGUUAGAGGGCACAAAAAACUUGGACCAAAAUCUGUUACCAAAGAUUUACCACCUAAUGAAAUAGAUAAUGAAAUAGUUAAAAGGCCAGCGCGUGCUUAUAAAGUGGCUGAGGCUCCUUCUCAAGGAACCAACGGGGACAGUUUGCCGGAUACGAGAUCAAAGGAGAUUUGUCCAACGGAUGGCAAGAUGGAUAACCAAAGCUCUUCCCAACAGCAUCUGGAAAGAAUUGGAGGGAGCCAUUGGAUUCCUAUUGGCUGGGCUAGGAUCUCUGAACUCGUCCAAACUGUUCAAGCGGAUGUUGGAUGGUCCACCCAGCAGUUUGAUCUCACGGAUGAUGAAGAUGAUCUCACUGUUGCGGAUUUAGCCGCUCCCUACUGGGAGCGUCCAGCUGGACCUAUUUGGUGGUGCCAUGUGACUGCUGGUCAUCCUUCUGUGGAUGCAUGGCUCAGUAAUGCCCCGUGGUUACAUCCCGCAAUUAGUGUUGCUUUAAGAGAUGAAGGUCGGCUGAUAAGUGAAAAGAUGAAACACCUCUUAUAUGAGGUCCCUGUAAGAGUGGCUGGAGGGCUAUUAUUUGAGCUGUUGGGGCAAUCUGCUGGUGAUCCAUAUAUUAAUGAAGAUGACAUCCCCAUUGUAAUUCGUUCUUGGCAAGCACAGAACUUUUUAAUAACGGUUUUGCACGUGAAAGGAUCAGCAACCAACCUCAAUGUUUUGGGUAUCACAGAAGUUCAGGAACAACUUCUUACCGGUGGCUAUAAUGCACCAAGGACAGUACAUGAAGUCAUUGCGCUUUUAGCUAACCGCCUUGCUAGGUGGGAUGACAGAUUGUUUCGGAAAUUGGUAUUUGGUGCAGCAGAUGAAGUGGAAUUGAAGUUCGUUAACAGGAGGAACAAGGAAGAUCUGAGUCUCUUAGUAAUAAUUCUCAACCAGGAAAUCAGAAGAUUAUCAAGACAGGUUAUCAGAGUGAAAUGGUCUCUUCAUGCUAGGGAAGAGAUUAUUUUUGAACUUGUUCAGCAUUUGAGAGGAAAUACAACUAGAAUUCUACUUGAAGGAAUAAGAAAGAGUACGAGGCAAAUGAUUGAAGAGCAAGAAGCAGUUCGUGGACGCUUAUUUACUAUUCAAGAUGUCAUGCAGAGCAAUCUCCGCGCGUGGUUGCAGGAUAGGAGCCUCAGAGUUUCUCAUAAUUUGGCUGUCUUUGGUGGAUGUGGCCUUGUUCUUUCAAUCAUCACCGGUCUUUUUGGAAUCAACGUGGACGGGAUCCCUGGAGCUCAGAACACACCAUAUGCGUUCGGACUAUUCUCAGUCCUCCUUGUCGUCCUAGGCAGCGUACUAAUUGCUGUUGGGUUGCUAUACCUCGGGUUAAAAAAGCCUAUCAGUGAAGAACAGGUCGAAAUUAGGAAACUCGAAUUGCAGGAGUUGGUCAACAUGUUCCAACAUGAGGCUGAGACUCACGCGCAGGUUCAUAAGCAUCUCUCUCGGCAGAACUUGCCCCCUACAGCUGGUGAUAAGUUGAUUGAUGAUGCAAAUUAUGUUCUCAUCGAAUGACUUCAACAGCCCUCGAAAUAGUAGGAUAAUCAAGACAUCAAUGGUCAAGGACUUUUAGCGUACAACUGUAUUGGUGCCUAUUUACUUGUAAAAGAUCUUUCAAAUUCUUCUUGUAAAUCAUCUGAGUUACUACCAAUAAGCAGUUUUUCUUCCUA